UUUUCAAUCUGAAGCCUCAAUUUUAAUGAAACUAAAACAUAACAACAUUGUACAGUUCCAUGGAUAUCAAAAGAGGGAAACUGAAAUAGUUUUAUUUCUGGAGUUCAUCAAAAUGGGCACACUAUCUUCGUUUGUUAAAAAGCACACAAGACUCAAUGAAGCUUUAACCAGACAUCUUACAAUUCAAAUCCUAGAAGGGGUGAAGUACCUACAUGAAAAUAACAUCUUGCAUUUGGACAUAAAAGGUAACAAUAUUUUAAUGGUAGACGAAUCAAACAUCAAACUGACUGACUUUGGCCUGUCAACAAUCUAUAACGAGGAAGAAGGAGUUGAAGCAGAAAGGGGCACAACUCGAUAUAUGGCUCCCGAGAUGAUUAACUGCCCUGAUGGGAGAAUAUUUAAACACGGAAGUAGCUUGGAUAUAUGGAGUGUAGGAAGCACUGUUGUUGAAAUGAUAACCGGAUUACCACCAAACUCAACAACGACAUCAGUCAAUGUACUUUUUAAAAUCGCUAUGCUGCAGAGACCAAAGUAUGAGCUGUCAAUCACAGCGUCAAAAAACCUGAGAGAUUUUUUAGAAAAGACAUUUACACCAGCGCCAGAACUAAGGCCAUCAGCAGAAGAUUUAUUGAGAGAAGCCCCGUUUAUAACAGGCAGUUUAUAAAUGUUGACUCUAUUGAACAAUGUAUGUUUAUUACUACAAACACUUAUUAGCAGUGGGUUUUUAAAAAAAAAAUAAAAGCUUGUGUCGUUCGUGGAUAUAAAAAGUCUUAAAGAUAUAACAUAAAUCUUUUGAUAAUCCUUAAACAAGAUAAAAUUGUAAAAUGUGUGUAGUAAAUUAUCCAUACAAAAUAUAAGUUAAAAACUAUCCAUUUUUCAAAUAUGUCUAUUCUUAGAAUAUAUCUAUAGUAAACUUUCUUGUGAAAUUAUUUUAGCCACAUUUUGCAACUAUAAUAGCAAAUAAAACAGCACUUCUGCGAAUGCAUACAUUAACAUUAAAUUAAUCACUUCAUGUUAAAAACUAGUAUCAAAAAUUUCAAUUUUCACCAGUGUGUUUUUCAAUCCUAAUAAAAUAUACUUUUAGCUACAAAAGCAUAAUUUUUUUUUAGCAUCUUAAGAAUGUUUAAAAGCCAGGACUUCAAUCACAUACUAUAAAUUUUACUCUCUUAGUAGAUGAUUAAAGAAAAAAAUUACAUUUAUAUAUAUUUAUUUUCUAGAACAAUGUUUUUAAGGAAACGUUUUAGAAA